GACAUCACGGCGCCCAGAGCGAGGCUGGAGGCCGACUUAGCUGGAAUCGUCCGCUGGUCGUGGAGGCUGCUAGGGAGCCGGCGAGGGGGUGAGCAGGCGAGCAGACGAGAGAGCUAGCGCAGGCAAGAGGGAGCGUUGCGCGGCGCAGAGUAGCGCCGGGGCCCGGCCGCGGAGGAACCUACAGCCGAAGAGGGGGCAACCCGAGCCGGGCGCCGCGGGGUCCCCACCCCCACUCGGCCGGACAGUGCCCGGUGUUCCCCCGUGCGGGGGGCGGCGGCGGCGGCUGACUGGACCCGACAGGACCGCGGGGGUAUUGCCACCUCCACCGAGGAGCCGGCGCGGCCGCGGGCUCCUCAGAGCCGGGGCCCGAGGCCCGUGACAGACGGGCCGAGGAAGGAAGGGAGGCGGCGGCAGCGGCAGCGGCGGCGGCGCAGGCGACGGGGAGGCAGCGGCGACACCAUGUCAUCCCCUAGUCCGGGCAAGAGGCGGAUGGACACGGACGUGGUCAAGCUCAUUGAGAGUAAGCAUGAGGUCACAAUCCUGGGAGGACUCAAUGAAUUUGUAGUGAAGUUUUAUGGACCACAAGGAACACCAUAUGAAGGCGGAGUAUGGAAAGUUAGAGUGGAUCUUCCUGAUAAAUACCCUUUCAAAUCUCCAUCUAUAGGAUUCAUGAAUAAAAUUUUCCAUCCCAACAUUGAUGAAGCGUCAGGAACUGUGUGUCUAGAUGUAAUUAAUCAAACUUGGACAGCUCUCUAUGAUCUUACCAAUAUAUUUGAGUCCUUCCUGCCCCAGUUGUUGGCCUAUCCUAACCCCAUAGACCCUCUCAAUGGUGAUGCUGCAGCCAUGUACCUCCACCGACCAGAAGAAUACAAGCAGAAAAUUAAAGAGUACAUCCAGAAAUAUGCAACGGAGGAGGCACUGAAAGAGCAGGAAGAGGGCACCGGUGACAGCUCGUCGGAGAGUUCUAUGUCUGACUUUUCGGAAGAUGAGGCCCAGGAUAUGGAGUUGUAGUAGAAAAAGCACCUGCUUUUCAGAAAGACUAUUAUUUCCUAACCAUGAGAAGCAGACUAUAAUAUUCAUAUUUAAACAAAGCAAUUUUUUUUAUUACUAAACAAGGUUUUUAUGAAUAAUAGCAUUGAUAUAUAUAUAUUAUAUAUCACCCUUUAGAUCUUGAUUUCUUGGUCAUUUCUCAACCUGAGGUGCAUAGCAUAUUCCCACAUUCCAUUUUGGUAGCAAUAUGCGGUCCGAAUGCAUGCAUUCAUAAGUCCAUUUGGCCAAGUCAGCCUGUGUGCUACUGAACUGUCAAAAGAAAUAGCCGCUCUGAUAGAUAGAAAUGAGUAAAAAUAACAGGAAAAAGUUGCUUCUUUUAUUGAUGGUUCCAAAGAAACAAACCAAACCAACCAGCUCUUGGAUGUGAAGAUAGAAUAGUGCUUUUUCAAAAUGGAAAGGAAAAAAAUUGGGGAGAAGGCCUGCGGUGGGAGCACUGAGAGCCAGCCACGCCGGAGUCGGCGCUCCCACCCGGAUUCCCACGUGGCCCCGUGUCUGUGGAGUAACCGUGUAAACAGGGAGCUAAUUGGAGUAAUGAAACCUAAAACAAUUUUUGCCUCGGAUUUUGAGUACAUUUUUAUGUGUAGAUUCCCGCCCUUCUGGCUACCCGGCCCUGCAGCCCACGAGUGCGUUGCUUUGGAGAACCUUUGGAGAGCGUUUUCUGAGCCUGAUCCUUUCUCCUGGGGUAGAGUUUGUAAGGCAGACCUUUUCUGAGGACAGGACAGGAAGAGAAAGGCGACCGGGAAGAUGUCUCCUCCCGUCGGCACGCGCAGAGUCACGUCCUCAUCCUGUUGCUGGCUGCUGCCCUGGACUAAGAGCUUUACAUUUGAGGGUGGUUGUGGGUUAUUUUUGUUUGGGGGGUUUGUUUGGUUUUUUGGGGUGUGUGUGAAUUGUGCUUAGACAGGUUACAAAGUUAAUCUUCACCUGCCAAGAGAUGGCCCCCGCCUCGGACAGCCGAUCAGUGGACCAUUAGACUCUGGAAGAAGACCCGUCUGGUGGCGUGACUCCUGGGUGCUGUCACUCACGCCUUGGUUUCGGUUUCCCCUCUGCUGCUGCUCUUGGCGGCGGCCUGGUCAUCAUCUGCUUGUGGGAGUGGGAAAUGGGUAUUUUAGACCCAACACACAUUCUGAAUUUCAAAUGAGUAAUCAUUGGAACAAAUAAAGUUUCUUGUACCCAAAGUGACUCUACCUGGGGAAAACACAGCUUUUUUCAGAGUGUGACUGAAGAGAGGAAAGGAUUCAGAAAUACGAUGUAGUAGUAAGCCAGGUUUUGAAGGCAGAAAGCCUUCUCUUCUGUAUAUGUUAAGAGGAAAUCAGACAGUGUAAAAUGCCUGCUAAUGAAAUGUUUACUCAGCUAACCAUAUGUCCAGGUUGCCAGCAGAGUUUCCUUCCAACCCAAGUGUCGCCUGCUGAAUUUGGAGAGCUCCAAAUGGCACCUCUGCGUUCUUUUCAUGGCGCAACCAAUAGGACAAGAGCAGAAAUAGCCAAUCCUAAAACCUCCUAAAGACAGUUUUUGAAUGUCCCACUGGGAUAAUUUAAUUUUUCUUUCUGAUGUGUGUUUUUAGUUUAGAAGUGCUAUAUUCCACAAGAUUUGAGUCAAUGAGGUUGGAAGAUACCCUAUCUUAUUCAAAAAGCACAAUCUUUUCUUUGAAAAUCUAUAUAAAGUACAACUUGCUUUUAGCAUGAUUAUUUUCCUAAAUAAAAAAAAGACAAAGAA